UUUUCUCUUCAGAGUAUGCUUGAAUGAGAAGACGGACUCACUUUUGUUUGAAUCGGGGGUGUCCCUCCCUCCACGCUGCAUGUGACAAAAACACUGACCGGCCCCCUUCACAAUUCCUAUGGAUCGAACUACAGAACCUCCGCUUCAAGACAUCUGUUCCUUUCUAACAGAGCGCGCCCCCGUUUCCAGAGCUGUGACUGAACGACCGACUCUCGUGGUCCCCGGACUGGUGAUUUCCACAUUUGCCCGUGAUAUCAACCAAAGAUGAAGAUCGACGUUGACUCAAACUCACCCUGCUCUUCUUUUCGCAGUUUGUAGACUGGAGGGAAUUGGAACGAGGAUUUUGCCUCCUCUCCAUCACUCCCGUCCGAGCAGAGAGAGUCACCACCGAGCGUCAAAAGCCCGGUGCCAUUGAGUAGCCGAUUUCUUUUUGUCUGCCCUGUAUCUGGGGGUUUCGCAUCCUCUGCGUCUGGCUUGGAUGGGAAAAGGACAACGAAGGGCGAGUGAAAAUAUCGGGGUUCUGAUGUUUGAAUAUUUUGCUGCUUCUGGACAUUUAAUUGAUCGUAUUCAGUCAUCGUUGAGAGACUACUGUGAUUAUGGAGUCGGUAGAAAAGGAGUGCGGAGCGUUGGGUGGAUUAUUCCAAGCUAUCGUCAACGACAUGAAGAGUUCAUAUCCAGUGUGGGAAGACUUCAGUGCCAAGGCUACUAAACUGCACUCCCAACUCCGGACCACAGUUCUGGCAACAGUGGCAUUUCUAGAUGCCUUUCAGAAGGUGGCAGACAUGGCGACCAACUCAAGAGGAGGCACCAGGGAUAUAGGUUCAGCUCUGACCAGGAUGUGCAUGAGACACCGCAGCAUCGAGACUAAACUACGCCACUUCACCAAUGCUCUUAUGGAAGGCCUAGUCACUCCUCUCCAGGACAGGAUAGAGGAAUGGAAAAAGACAGCUAACCUGCUGGACAAAGACCACGCCAAAGAAUACAAGCGGUCUCGCCAGGAGAUCAAGAGAAAGUCCUCAGACACCAUGAAGCUCCAGAAGAAGGCCAGGAAAGAGCUUCUAGGCCGGGGUAACCUGCGUCCCCAGCUGGACAGUGCCAUGCAGGACGUCAGCGACCUCUACCUACUGAUGGGGGAGACCGAGAAGCAGGCGGUGCGCCGGGCCCUCCUAGAGGAGAGGGGGCGCUACUGCUUCUUCAUCAAUCUGCUGAAGCCUGUGGUGAAUGGAGAGAUAGCCAUGCUGGGAGAGAUCACUCACCUGCAGGCCAUAGUUGAUGACCUCACUGUACUCACUGAAGACCCUCACAAACUGCCCCCGGCUAGUGAGCAGGUGAUCGGGGACCUGAAGGGUUCAGACUACAGCUGGUCCUACCAGACUCCUCCCUCCUCUCCCAGCAGUGCUGCCUCCAGGAAGAGCAGUAUGUGCAGUAUCCUCCAGAUGCCAACUGUUGGUGCCCAUCGUCUCAGUAGUGUCUCCUCCCAUGAUUCAGGGUUCAUCUCUCAGGAUGCCAACACCCACUCCAAGCCCCCCUCCCCCAUGCCCUCUGACAUCACCAGCCAGAAGUCCACCAGCUCAGCCUCCUCUGAGGCAUCAGAAACCUGCCAAUCUGUCAGUGAAUGCAACUCUCCCACCACGGAUUGGUCUAAAACCAGUACCUGCGAGCCCUCAUUGGCUACCACUCUGCAGCAAAGGAGAGAGUCAUUGGACAGAAUGAGGGAGCAGGAGGUUCCUUCCAGUCCUAAAGGGUUCUCUGGGAUGCACCCAGACACUCAUAGGUCCAGGAUGGCCCAAGCUACUAUAGCAGCCAAGCACGGCGGUGAUGCCAUGUCCCCAGCAGCCAGUACACUAGCCAUGGUGCUGACCCGUGGUCUCAGUAUAGAGCAGCAGAAGAAUAGCAGGGAAUCUCUGCAGUACUCCAGUGGCUACAGCACCCAGACCAACACACCCUGCUGCUCAGAGGACACCAUCCCCUCACAGGGGUCUGACUAUGAGUGCUACUCUCUGAACGGGGAUGCUGAUACCAGCAGGGAGGCUGACUUCGACAAGUCCUCCACCAUCCCCCGCCACAGCAACAUCGCCCAGAACUACCGCCGCAUGAUCCAGACCAAGAGGCCAGCUAGCACCGCCGGGUUGCCCGCCGGAGUGAGCCCUCCUGGUGGUAUGCAUGGAGUGAUUUAUGGGGGUGAUGGAGGGCGUGAGGGAGGGCGUGACGGGAGGCACGGAGCCAUCACCUCUGGAACAGCCACCAUCCGCCGGACCCCCUCCUCCAAAACGGGGGUGAGACGCACCCCGUCCACCUCAGGCCCCAUCGCCAUCCGCCCCCCCAUCGUUCCAGUCAAGACCCCCACGGUGCCAGACUCUCCUGUCUACUCCCCCGGUUACUCCCCCAGCUACUCUCCCAGCCUUAUCCAGCACAUGGGCAGCGAAGAGUACCUGUAUGGGGACGAGACUCCACCCAGUGCCCUGGAGUACAUGAAGGCCUCCCCCAAGCGGCUGAGCCUACCUGACACCACCGCCUGGAGCUCCGGAGGGGGGCUGGACCGAAGUGUCUAUGCCCAGCAGCCCCCUGGCAUGACAGGCCUCAGCCUAGAGGAGGACCCCCAGCUGGCAGCCAACCGCCACAGCCUGGUGGAGAAGAUAGGAGAGCUCGCGGCCAGCGCCCACGCCCUGGGCGAGGGUCAGUUCCCCUUCUCCUCUCUGGACCCUCUGCCAGCGGACCCAAUGGGUACCAACUCUGUAACCCAACACCCACAACAACCACCACACAGGCCCCAGGAGGGCGUGGACAUGCUGGUGUCCAUACGGAGAGGUGUGAGGCUCCGCAAGGCGGUCUCCAACGACAGAUCAGCCCCCAGGAUACUGCAGGAUACUGCAGCAGCAUCCAGGAUACUGCGGUAGUAUCUACUGGGACUGACCACAGAACUGUGGUGCCACUGCAAGCUCUAGUAGUGAAAUGAAUGAACACUCAUCCUGUACAGGAAAAGAAUGCAUGAAAUGAAAGGGAAAACGAGUGUCAAUGUGUAAAGAUUCAAUGAAUGGCCAUGGGUGUCCAAUGGACAAAUGUCAUGUAAUGAAUUGCAUACAAAUGUAUUUUUAUGUCGUAUUCCUAUUUCCCAUGUUGUCUGUGGGCUUAGUGGCUGUGGUUGUCUAUUCUCUCUGUCUCCUGAUGAAUCAGCCCAGGCACCUUUCCUUUAGACUCAGUGAUCAGGGCCUGUAUUCACAAAGUGUCUCAGAGUAGGUGUGCUGAUUCAUGUAUAAUGAAUCUAUAAUACAAUUAUAUGGACAAUGGUGCUGAGUGAUUAGUGCUUAUUGAGGUCUGUUUGGUUUCGGUUCGAUUAUAUAUACAGUACCAGUCAAAAGUUUGGACACACCUACUCAUUCAAGGGUUUUUCUUUAUUUUUACUGUUUUCUACGUAAUAGUGAAGACAUCAAAACUAUGAAAUAACACAUAUGGAGUCAUGUAGUAA